AUGUCAACUAUCAAGGAGCAACUUAUUGAGAAUUUAAUUGAGGAAGAUCAAAUCUCUGAGCGUAAGAUCACCAUUGUUGGAACUGGUGCUGUAGGCAUGGCUUGUGCUAUUUCUAUCUUAUUGAAGGAUUUGGCUGAUGAGCUCGCCCUUGUUGAUGUGGCAGCGGACAAACUGAAGGGAGAAAUGAUGGAUCUUCAGCAUGGCAGUCUUUUCUUUAAUACGCCAAAGAUUACCUCUGGAAAAGAUUAUGCUAUAUCUGCAAACUCCAAACUAGUUAUUGUCACAGCUGGUGCACGGCAGCAGGAGGGAGAAACUCGGCUUGACUUGGUCCAACGUAAUGUGAAUAUUAUGAAAUCAAUCAUUCCUACCAUAGUCCAUCACAGCCCUGACUGUAAGAUACUCAUUGUUUCAAAUCCAGUGGAUAUUUUGACAUACGUGGUCUGGAAGCUAAGUGGUUUACCUGAAACUCGUGUAAUUGGAAGUGGUUGUAAUUUAGACUCUGCCCGUUUCCGUUACCUAAUUGGAGAGAAGUUGGGUGUCCAUCCCACAAGCUGCCACGGUUGGAUUAUUGGAGAACAUGGUGAUUCUAGUGUGGCUUUAUGGAGUGGGGUGAAUAUUGCUGGUGUUGCUCUGAAGACUCUAGACCCUAAAUUUGGAACUGAUUCAGACAAGGAUCAGUGGAAAAAUAUCCAUAAACAAGUUAUUCAAAGUGCCUAUGAGAUCAUCAAGCUGAAGGGGUAUACCUCCUGGGCCAUUGGGCUGUCUGUGACAGAUCUGGUUGGAACAAUUUUGAAAAAUCUUAGGAGAGUGCAUCCAGUUUCCACAAUGGUUAAGGGCUUAUAUGGAAUAAAAGAAGAAAUCUUUCUCAGUGUCCCUUGUGUCUUGGGGCAAAAUGGUGUCUCAGAUGUGGUGAAAGUUAACUUGAAUUCUGAGGAGGAGGCCCUUUUUAAGAAGAGUGCAAACACACUUUGGGAUAUCCAGAAAGACCUGAUAUUUUAA